AUGAGUUUUAUGACCGAGAUGGAGAGUGCUCGCCAUGUGGCUCUUCGGCUGUCCGGAGCUUUGGAGGAGAUCGAGGCGAAAGUGACCAAGCACACGCAGGAGAAGGUGGACCGUCUCGGUGCUGCUUUGGAAGAGCGUGUGUCCGAGAUGCUGAAUGCCCGGAUUGAGAACAUAGCCGACCGUGUUUCCAAAGCAGUUCUCAGCCAUGACGGGCAUCAGGAGCCUGGCCAUGCCACGGCUCUGCCAGCAAAGCCAGUCGAGGCGGCGUUGGUGCAGACCGUCGCCAAUCUCGAGCAAAGUGUGCGCAAGCUGCAGGCUGAAGCUGGGGCAGCCAGGCUGCAGGAGCUUGAGAAGAAGGUCACGCGCGACAUCAAGGACCUGCAGCAGCAACUCACGCAGCUUGCGAAGGACUGGGAUGCGGAGGCGACCCAGCUCGUGACCCAGCUCGAAAGGCGCAUCUCGCGCCAGCUGUCGGGCGACACGGACUCUGAGGAAAAGGAAGAGCGAGUCCCACCGCAUAAAGAAUUUCUAGAAGGCAAAGAAAAGCCGACGAGCUACAGAGAUGCCCUGGAGCAAGUGGGAGGAGAGAAGAAGUUGGAGGAGUUUAGAGAACUGAGUGGCACAAGCCUCAUGGAAUCCUACAAGGUGGCUCCCGAGAUGGCGGAAGUGCUUUCGGGAGAUUCAAAGGCGCGGCUUGCUUACAGCGUCAAGCUCAACUACCAGAAGUACGUGAAUAAUCUGGACGAGCUGAUCGAGCGCUGCAAGAAGUACCAAAAAGUCUUCUUCGAUAAAGUGAAGGAGAUCGCGACGAAGACAGGUGGAAAGAAUUGCAAGCCGCCAUUGAAGUCCAAAGAGCGGUGCGAAGCAAAAGCAACGUUCAAGUAUCGCGAUGCAAGCGGCGACGUGUCCUGGCACCGGUUAACAGACAUUGUCCGGGACACAGUGGUGUAUGGAAACCUGGACGACAUGUACGAGGGGCUGAAGCUCAUGCACCAGGACGGUGACCUGGAGAUUGUGGAGUUCAAUGACAGAUACUUCCAUCCCCUGGAUGGUGGCUAUCGCGACCUGCAGCUCACAGUGCGCAUCAGCGACAUUGUCUGCGAGCUCCAGCUUAAUGUCGCUGGCAUGAUCUACAUCAAGGAGGGCAGCGGACACCGCACCUUCGAAGUCGCCCGGGAGCUUGCGGCGGCUGUGGCCGAUACUGGAACGGAGGCUGUGAAGAGAGCUGGGAACAUCCUGAAGUGGGGCAAGGACCACUUGGGGAAGGAUGCCACGAGGCAGCUGCAGGAUAUCCUGAGCAGCAGCGAGAAGCCCUUGCUGCUCAAGGCAGCGCAGACAGGCAAUUCUCAGCUUAUGAGCAUCUUUUUGGAGCACCGUGCGAAUGUUAACGUGCAAGACAAGAUCUCGGGCCAGACCGCCUUGCACAAGGCGAUGGAGGGCGGGUACGAGCGUGCGAUGUGGCUGCUCCUCGAACACAGGGCCGAAGUGGACACAGCUGACACGAACGGCAUCGUCCCGUUGAUGCAAGGCUUCUUGCAGUUGAGGAGCCAGCCAGACAGCGAGUUCAUCGGCAGGACGGUCUGCAUCCUCUCGCAGGUCGCUGGUAUGGUGCGCUUGAAAGCGGCCCAAGACAACCUGAAGAAGGUCGUCCAUGAUAAGCUGAAGCCGAACAGCCAAUUGUUGCAGCACUGCCAAGAUGGUGAUGAAGUUUCAGUGCUGGAGUUGCUCAAAAACUACGCGGAUGCCAACUCGCCGAACGACAAGAAAGAGCGCCCACUCCACAAGGCUCUGUCGCCGAUCGGAGGCUGCCAGAAUCUAACAGAAAGGCAUCUCCAGAUUUGCCGACUGUUGGUUCAAUUCAACGCCGAUGGCAAUUCGCGCGACGAAGAGGGACGCACACCCCUGGUGCUUGCAGUGCGGCUUGGAUCUUGUGAAGCCGUCCAAAUUCUGCUGCAGCAGAACGCCACGGCACAGACCUUGCAAGUGGAGGACCGGCAGAGUUGGCAGCAUGAGGAUGUGCAAUACCUUCUGCGACCCACGGACGACUCCGAGAUCGCGCAGGUGCAGGCUGCAGCCCUGAAGCAGCUGCAUGUUGCCGGCUGCGAUUUCACGACACCAACCGCCAGAGACGAGCUGCCCACCUUCUUCGCCGCUCGCUGCAACAACACUGCGGCAUUGGAGGUGCUCCUGGAAGCCAAAUGCGACCCAGACCGACCCAAUGCCAACAGAGACUUGGCCAUCACGGUUGCAGCUCGGGAUGGACAGACGGAAGCUGUGAGAUGGCUGCUGGAACAUUGCAGUGUCGAACGGAAGGAUGCCCAGCGAGCACUGCAUGCAGCCAGAGCUCAGCCGGAAAACGAGGAGUUGAUAAGCCUGCUCGAGCGGAAAUGGACGCGUUUGGAAAUGCCCUUUCUAACUAGCAAUUUGGACAAAUUCGGUGGCAGAGGAGGCGAUGAGAAAGAUGCAGACAAAAUAGGCUUCCAGAGACCAUUGACAGCAAAGCUCAAAGAGAAGGAGGGUCGCAGCACUGGGAGACGUUACUACGAGCUGGAGCUGUUGACCACAUUUGACUGGAUUCAGGCUGGUUGGGCCAGUGGCUCCUUUCAGGGAGACAAGGACUUAGGCAAGCAUCGAGAAGCUUGGUGUUGGGAAGGCAUGCUCGGGGGAUUCAUGGAGAAGAUCCGGGCUGGAAAAGCAGAGCAG